AUGCAAGAUCCAGGGAAGACCGAACUUAAACCUUCGCGUUUGGUGGAACUUCCACUAGAACUUCAGGGCAUGAUAUUCGAAGACGUCAAUAAUUUUGACCUCAACAGAUUAUGUCUAACCUGCAAGACCAUCAAGGCGGUUGUCCUUCCUAAGCUUUACCACCAAGUCGUCAUCAGAGUGCCUCAAAAAUGGUCACGGUUGCCCUCGUUGGAAGGUCUUCUGGGCUCUACUGGGGAUGGUCUCAAAUACACCAAAUACCUCUUCAUUGCGACCCAACAAUAUCCGUUACGCGACAGCCAGCAAGAAUUUGAGGACUCCCGGCGCCCGGAGGAAGUUCUGGCCGAGACAAAGCUCCAGUUCUACCUUCCGCAAAGCUCGGCGUCGAAUGCCCUAAAUACUCUCAUUCGGCUGCUAAUCAUUGAAGCACCGGAGUCCCGUCAACGGACAAUAGCUUACCAGACGAGCAGGUGGGGGCAUAGUUGCGAGCUCAAUGUUUCGACUCUAGACCUUCUGUUCGAGACGCAGCAGGCCAACCUGGGAAGCUUGUUCUGCAACAGAUUAUCCUCAUCCUGCGACGUUUUGGGGUCAGUAAUUGAAGGGAUUGACCGAUUAUCCGUCGAGAGUAUGGAUCUUAACCGUGGUGGUUGCCAGUGGGCAGCCAGCAUGUUAGUAAAAAAUGCCGAGACCUUGGACCAUCUCGAACUCGGGUUCAAAAAUCGCAUUGCCCAUGACUUCGCCCUUAAUAGGCGUCCACAAUAUGAUAAGAUGUGGGCCUCGUUCGGGGUUGAUGUUGGAAAAACACUUUCUGCAAUAGGUCUGGAGCCGCCGGUAAACCUGUCAUUGGAGUCGGUGUAUUUGUGUGGUCUUGACUUUAGGACUGUCAUCCAAGGGAUGAUGGCCCUCCACAUCGAUUUCAACAACGUCAUUGAGCUGAGACUCGAAUCGUGCCCUGGACUAAGUCAAGCAUUUUCUCUGCUCAUGGGUCAAGGAGACUCAUCAAGGCUCGCUCUCGGUGCGCUUCGAAAUCUUUUCGUGAGGCUCGAAGAUCCUGAUCCGAAUUUAUUCACCAGUCUCGAAAGCUUUCUCACAUCCGUUCGCGGGCUUAACCACCUUCAAGUGCUAAUUGACAAAACCCUGGCCGUACAGAACCUUGAGCCAAUCCUGAAAGUCCACGGCAAAACGCUUGAAACGCUUGUGUGGGAUGAGAGACGCGGACCUAGAACGCAAUUAAAUGCCUCAACCUCUCUGUUAUCUUCCAAGCUUGGGAACCUGAGGGUGAUCUCCCAGAAUUGCCCAUCAUUGACGCUCCUUGGGAUACCGCUUAAUUGGGAGGCAAUCAGUAGCUCAGACAAAUACUUCCAUGAAUCGAUUGCGAGGCUUCUCAGAAAAAUGCCAUAUCUCAAGGUGCUAAACAUCCGCAACUUACCUGAAAUAAGUGGAAGAUCCGCGAUGCCUAUGGACUAUUUCGUGAAGGGUCUAGCGGCUAUGUUUGUGGACAUUGUGAACAAAAAGCGGAAAUCAACCCUCCUUAAGACUGUUGCAAUUGGGGCACCCCUCUACAGAGACGUCUACAUUGGAACUCAUCAUGUCGUCCACACCGCCGUCAGUGACUUCCUGCGCUUCCGCAUUUACAACAUCGAUUACGAUUAUCCAUCUCCAAGCGGCUUGUCUCCCGUACUUAGCAAAAUAUGCAAAGGCGCUGCAAAUUCCCCACAGCCGGCGUACACUUUAGUAACUGUGAGCUUGAUCUCCGACCUAACGGACAACGUUGCCGGUUUUGCCAUCAACGGCAUGGAACCUAGUCACUACCGUGAGUAG